GGUGGCUUUUGCUGUUUGUUGGCAAAACUAUAACCUUUUACUAACAGAAGGUUGUAAAUAAAGCAGGAAUAUACGUGGAAAUAUUGCUUGAGGGGAUUCUGGUUAAUGCUGUCAUUCUGACAAUUUUUUAAUAAAACCUUGCUUCGAUCUCGCUGUUAGUGUGAAUUGGAUCUUAUACUUCGCUUGUGUGACUCCUUCAGUUCUUUGUUCUGUCUUUUGGAUUGUCACAAUGUGUUAGGACAUAUUUAUCAGAUGGAUUUCUAUGAAAAAAAGGAGAGCGCGAGAGAUGCUAUAGAACAUGACAAAGUGGUACACAAGAAACGCGGGAUUCCUACACUAAACAUUAAAUCAUUUUUUUCUGAUCAGCCUGGUGUGGAUGGUGUGGAUGUUGUGGCCCCUUUGUCUAAGGCUGAAGAAUUUGCUUUGAAAAAGGUUCGGCGGAAGCUCAAAAACAAAAUAUCGGCGCAAGAGAGUAGAAAGAGAAAAAAACAACAUUUAGAAAGUUUAGAAAAAAGAGUUCGUUUGCUAGAUUCAGAAAAUUCAAGUUUAAGGACGAAAUUAGAAAAGCAAAAUCAAUCAUUGAGGUCAUUAACAUUUCAACUGAGUAAGACUGGACCAAGAAGUAAAGAUGAAAUAGUCAGCUACCAAAAUCAGGGAACGCAAACAGGAAUUUGCCUAAAAUGUUAUCUUCAAAAGGAAUCAGUGGAUAGCACAUUGGAAGAUUUCAAAAUAGAGACAGGAAAAAAUGGACAAAUAAUUGUUCAAUCAGACUUCGUAGAAAAUCGUCCAAAAAGGCCUAGCAGUAUCCGAAACGAGUAUACUGAGUUCAGUAGCAUCUUUCAUGCUCGCAGUCUGCGAGAUAAAGCUUAGACAUGAUAGAUUUGAUAUCACACUAGUUGGGUUGUAGAAGAGGGCUCUGGGGAGCUGAGCUCCCUUUAAUGUAAAAUUUAAUGUAGAUUUGGGAAGGCUGAGCCCUCCUAAAAUUUUUGGCAGAUAAAAUAUUAACAUUAACUAAUAGAAACUUAAAACAAGCAUUAACACCAAUAUUUUUUAAAAAA